CACGUUUUGCUAUUACAUUGCAACUCAUUGUGAGCUUGAUGGAUGAUUUUCUGUCAAAAACAUGGAUAUGUGUCCAGGUGAAUGAGUUUCACCGGCUGCGUGAACUUGAGGAUUUUCCGGGGUGUCGAGAUAAGUUCAGCAAACGCUUCAAACCACGUCUCACCUACAUGAUUUGUCACCUGGAAGAGUUACAACAUGUAGACAGAAACCUAAGUAAAGAUCCAUACAAAUUCAAGUCUGUGUGAAACAAUCUCUCUUUGUUUUGAUGCAUAAAUACAUUUUUCAUUACUGAACCUAGCUAGC